AUGACGGCCCCUGCUCAGCCCAAGAAAAUCGUGGCCCCUACGGUGUCCCAGAUCAACGCGGAGUUCGUGACCCAGUUAGCAUGUAAAUAUUGGGCACCCCAUAUCAAGAAAAAGUCACCCUUUGAUAUAAAGGUGAUUGAAGAUAUAUAUGAGAAAGAAAUUGUCAAAUCAAGGUUUGCCAUCAGAAAGAUAAUGCUCUUGGAAUUUAGCCAGUAUCUUGAAAAUUACCUCUGGAUGAAUUAUUCUCCAGAAGUGUCCAGCAAAGCCUAUUUAAUGUCGAUCUGCUGCAUGGUGAAUGAAAAAUUCAGAGAAAAUGUCCCUGCAUGGGAGACUUUUAAGAAGAAGCCAGAUCACUUCCCAUUCUUUUUCAAGUGCAUCUUGAAAGCAGCAUUAGCUGAAACUGAUGGUGAAUUUUCACUCCACGAACAGACAGUCUUACUGCUUUUUCUUGACCACUGCUUCAAUAGUUUGGAAGUAGACUUGAUACGGAGUCAAGUACAGCAGCUUAUCUCUCUCCCAAUGUGGAUGGGCUUACAGCCUGCACGAUUGGAAUUAGAAUUAAAAAAGACACCUAAGCUAAGGAAAUUCUGGAACUUGAUCAAAAAGAAUGAUGAAAAGAUGGACCCAGAAGCAAGAGAGCAAGCCUAUCAAGAAAGAAGAUUUCUUUCACAACUCAUCCAGAAGUUUAUCUCUGUGCUGAAAUCAGUCCCGCUUUCUGAUCCUGUCACUAUGGACAAAGUUCAUUACUGUGAAAGAUUUAUUGAACUUAUGAUUGAUCUAGAGGCCCUACUCCCCACGAGACGCUGGUUUAAUACCAUCCUGGAUGACUCCCACCUUUUGGUUCACUGUUACCUUUCCAAUCUUGUUCGUAGAGAAGAGGAUGGCCAUCUUUUUUCCCAGCUUUUGGACAUGCUUAAGUUCUAUACUGGUUUUGAGAUUAAUGACCAGACUGGGAACGCUCUGACAGAGAAUGAGAUGACAACUAUUCACUAUGAUAGAAUUACUUCUCUCCAGAGAGCUGCUUUUGCACAUUUCCCUGAGCUGUAUGAUUUUGCCCUCUCCAACGUGGCAGAGGUGGAUGCUCGGGAAUCCUUGGUCAGGUUUUUCGGACCUCUUAGUUCCAAUACCCUCCACCAGGUGGCAUCAUACCUCUGCUUGUUACCAACCCUUCCUAAAGCUGAAGACACGACUUUUGAUAAAGGAUUUCUUCUAGAAUUGUUGGUAUCUCGUCAUGAGCGUCGAAUUUCUCAGAUUCAGCAGUUGAACCAGAUGCCUUUGUAUCCAACUGAGAAGAUCAUAUGGGAUGAAAAUAUUGUCCCAACUGAAUACUAUUCUGGGGAAGGUUGUCUUGCUCUUCCCAAGUUGAAUUUGCAAUUUUUGACUCUUCAUGACUACCUUCUAAGGAACUUCAAUCUCUUCCGCCUAGAAUCAACUUAUGAAAUUAGGCAGGACAUCGAGGAUAGUGUCAGCAGAAUGAAGCCAUGGCAAUCAGAGUAUGGCGGUGUAGUGUUUGGUGGCUGGGCACGAAUGGCCCAGCCCAUUGUGGCAUUCACAGUGGUUGAGGUUGCUAAACCCAACAUAGGUGAAAACUGGCCAACCCGAGUUCGUGCGGAUGUUACCAUCAAUCUGAAUGUCAGAGAUCACAUCAAAGAUGAAUGGGAAGGCCUUCGGAAGCAUGAUGUAUGCUUUUUAAUUACUGUGCGUCCCACAAAACCUUAUGGCACCAAGUUUGACCGAAGAAGACCUUUUAUUGAGCAGGUUGGCCUAGUUUACGUCAGAGGCUGUGAAAUCCAGGGCAUGCUAGAUGAUAAAGGGCGUGUCAUUGAAGACGGACCUGAACCCAGACCCAGUCUUAGAGGAGAAUCAAGGACUUUUAGAGUGUUUUUGGAUCCAAAUCAGUAUCAACAAGAUAUGACCAAUACUAUACAAAAUGGAGCAGAAGAUGUGUAUGAAACUUUCAAUGUAAUAAUGAGAAGAAAACCAAAGGAAAAUAACUUUAAGGCUGUGCUGGAGACGAUCCGGAACCUGAUGAACACUGACUGUGUGGUCCCUGACUGGCUGCACGACAUCAUUUUGGGUUACGGGGAUCCCAGUAGUGCACAUUAUUCCAAAAUGCCCAAUCAGAUUGCCACCCUUGAUUUCAAUGAUACAUUUCUCUCCAUUGAACAUUUGAAAACCAGCUUUCCUGGUCAUAAUGUUAAAGUAACUGUGGAUGACCCAGCUCUCCAGAUACCCCCCUUCAGGAUAACUUUUCCAGUAAGAAGUGGAAAGGGGAAGAAGCGGAAAGAUGUUGAUGGGGAAGAUGAAGACACGGAGGAGGCAAAAACUUUGAUUGUCGAACCUCAUGUUAUUCCUAAUAGAGGCCCUUAUCCUUACAACCAACCCAAACGGAAUACAAUUCAAUUCACUCAUACACAGAUAGAGGCCAUCCGUGCUGGAAUGCAGCCUGGGCUAACUAUGGUUGUGGGUCCACCAGGUACAGGAAAAACAGAUGUGGCAGUUCAAAUUAUAUCCAACAUCUACCACAAUUUCCCAGAGCAGAGGACUCUGAUUGUUACUCAUUCCAAUCAGGCCCUGAACCAGUUGUUUGAGAAAAUCAUGGCUUUAGACAUUGACGAGCGCCACCUCCUGCGUCUUGGUCAUGGAGAAGAAGAGCUGGAGACCGAGAAAGAUUUCAGCAGGUAUGGAAGAGUUAAUUAUGUCCUAGCUCGAAGAAUAGAACUUUUAGAAGAAGUCAAACGAUUGCAGAAGAGUCUCGGGGUUCCAGGAGAUGCUUCAUAUACUUGUGAAACUGCGGGCUAUUUCUUCUUGUAUCAGGUAAUGUCUCGUUGGGAAGAGUAUAUCAGCAAAGUGAAAAAUAAAAGUAACAUGAUGCCAGAUAUUACUGAAGUAUCCACUUUCUUCCCGUUUCAUGAGUACUUUGCAAAUGCCCCACAACCCAUUUUUAAAGGCCGAUCUUAUGAAGAAGACAUGGAAAUUGCUGAAGGAUGUUUCAGGCAUAUUAAGAAAAUCUUUACUCAGCUUGAGGAAUUCAGAGCCUCUGAACUGCUUCGAAGUGGACUAGACAGAUCUAAAUACCUUUUGGUGAAAGAAGCCAAAAUCAUUGCUAUGACCUGUACUCAUGCUGCCCUAAAACGACAUGAUUUAGUCAAAUUAGGUUUCAAGUAUGACAACAUUUUAAUGGAGGAAGCUGCUCAGAUUCUGGAAAUAGAAACUUUUAUACCCCUUCUUCUACAGAAUCCUCAGGAUGGUUUUAGCCGACUAAAACGUUGGAUUAUGAUUGGUGAUCAUCACCAGUUACCUCCAGUCAUUAAGAACAUGGCCUUUCAGAAGUAUUCAAACAUGGAGCAGUCCCUCUUCACUCGCUUUGUCAGGGUUGGAGUUCCUACUGUGGACCUCGAUGCCCAGGGGAGGGCCAGAGCAAGCUUGUGCAACCUCUACAACUGGCGAUAUAAGAAUCUAGGAAACCUACCCCAUGUGCAGCUCUUGCCGGAGUUUAGUACAGCCAACGCUGGCUUGCUCUAUGACUUCCAGCUCAUUAAUGUUGAAGAUUUUCAGGGAGUUGGAGAAUCUGAGCCUAAUCCUUACUUUUAUCAGAAUCUUGGAGAGGCAGAAUACGUAGUGGCACUUUUUAUGUACAUGUGCUUACUUGGCUACCCUGCUGACAAGAUCAGCAUUCUGACAACGUAUAAUGGACAAAAACAUCUUAUUCGUGACAUCAUCAACAGACGAUGUGGAAGCAAUCCAUUGAUUGGAAGACCCAAUAAGGUGACAACUGUUGACAGAUUUCAAGGUCAACAGAACGACUACAUUCUUCUGUCUCUAGUACGAACCAGGGCAGUGGGCCAUCUGAGGGAUGUCCGUCGCUUAGUGGUCGCCAUGUCUCGAGCCAGACUUGGACUUUAUAUCUUCGCCAGAGUGUCCCUCUUCCAAAACUGUUUUGAACUAACUCCAGCUUUCAGCCAGCUCACAGCCCGCCCACUUCAUUUGCAUAUAAUUCCAACAGAACCUUUCCCAACCAGUAGAAAGAAUGGAGAGAGACCAUCCCAUGAAGUACAGAUAAUAAAGAAUAUGCCCCAGAUGGCAAACUUUGUAUAUAAUAUGUAUAUGCAUUUGAUACAGACCACACAUCAUUAUCAUCAGACUUUAUUACAGCUACCACCCGCUAUGGUAGAAGAAAGUGAGGAAGUUCAAAGUCAAGAAACAGAAUUGGAAACAGAAGAAGAGGCCAUGUCUGCUCAAGCUGACAUUGUACCUGAUAAAACAACAGAUGCCAGCUCCAAUCAGGAAACCUCAGCCUCUGAGACUGAAACCACCCCAAAUCAGACAGGAGCCAGCUCCAGUCCAGAGGCUACCCCUGCUGACUCUGAGAUCACUGGGACAGGACCAGUAACUGUACCAGCAGAGAAUAACACCACUCAUGAUGUCACAUCCACCCCCGGAGAAACCGAGUAG